UUAACCUUCCGGUCUCUCUACUUCGAUCAUACCCUUCGCCAAUCCCUCGCGAAUUCGUGGAAUUCGACUUACCCUUCGCCAUCGGAAUCCUGCCUCAAACCUUGGGAGCCCGAUCCUUCCAGCUAUCUAUCACGGUGGAGACCCCUUCGGUGACGGAGGCCAGCGGAACGGCGGCCGAGAGAGGGCCGGAGAGGUCGCGCUCCGGUCUAGGGCUAGGGUUCCGAUACCUCACCGGGGUCGCCGGCGGCUGGUGGGACAAGUGGAUGGUCAUGGGGGCCGCCGGCUCCAAGCUAGAGAAGGCCCUCGGCGACCAGUUCCCGGAAGGCGAGCAUUAUUUCGGUCUCGAGAAUUUCGGCAACACCUGCUACUGCAAUAGCGUCUUGCAGGCUCUUUAUUUUUGCAUUCCUUUUCGAGAGCAAUUACUAUAUUAUUAUUCAAAUAACAAGAAUCUGGGAGAUGUUGAGGAGAACCUUUUAACAUGUUUGGCGGACCUUUUUACUCAGAUUAGCUCCCAAAAGAAAAAAACUGGUGUUAUUGCUCCGAAGCGCUUUGUGCAGAGAGUGAAGAAACAGAAUGAGUACUUCCGCAGCUACAUGCACCAGGAUGCUCAUGAGUUUUUGAAUUUCUUGCUGAAUGAGCUUGCUGAUAUUCUUGAAAAAGAGUCUGAUGCUGCAAAAGAUUCCAUCGAAACUUCAUCACCAUCUGAAAAACUUGCCAAUGGACCAAACCAUUCUUUGCCAAAUGGGGUGCCCAAAGAGCCACUUUUGACCUGGGUUCACAAGAACUUUCAGGGCAUAUUGACCAAUGAAACAAGAUGCUUACGCUGUGAAACUGUCACUGCAAGGGAUGAGACGUUUCUCGAUUUGAGCCUUGAUAUUGAGCAGAACAGUUCUAUAACAAGCUGCCUCAAAAACUUCAGUUCAACAGAGACUCUAAAUGCCGAGGACAAGUUCUUCUGUGAUAAGUGCUGCAGUUUGCAGGAAGCACAGAAGAGAAUGAAGAUCAAGAAGCCACCACAUAUUCUUGUGAUCCACCUCAAACGCUUCAAGUAUGUCGAGCAGCUCGGCCGGUACAAGAAGCUAUCGUACCGUGUUGUGUUCCCCAUGGAGCUGAAACUUAAUAACACGGUCGAAGACAUAGACUCUGAGUACUCUCUCUUUGCGGUUGUGGUUCAUGUGGGGAGCGGUCCCAACCAUGGUCACUAUGUUAGCCUUGUCAAAAGCCACAACCACUGGUUGUUAUUUGAUGAUGAAAACGUGGAGAUGAUCGAUGAAUCGAUGGUGCAGACAUUCUUUGGUUCCUCUCAGGAGUAUUCUGGCAACACAGAUAACGGGUACAUCUUAUUCUAUGAGAGUCUUGGUGGAAAGAGCUAAAAAAACCUUGCUCGUUACUUGUGGCCUUUAUUCCUUCUUGUCACCUCUUCCAAAUUCAUACAUACUCCAUGUAACACGAUCAGAAGCUCUUGGGCUUCUGUGAGACGAAUGAGAAGAUGUCAUACUUUGGAUCGGUGCAGUGUACAGUGGAUGGUGGAAGCAUACAGUCCUUUUGUUUAAGAAUAAAUUAAAAUUUACGUGGCUGAUGAGAA